GAGGGACGCGGGAUGGCAGAGGGGUCCCGCCGCCUGGGCCGGCAGCCGGGCCCGGGGCGCACCCCUUGGUAUCCCCUCGGGGCGUUGUUCGCCCCCCGCGUCCUUCCUGCUUCCGGGGGCCGCCGCGGGGAGGAUUUGCCGCAGAUGACAUCAGCUGUGGGAUGCUGGAAACGCGGCGGCGGCGGCGCGGGGAUGCGCCGGCUCCCCCCCUUCCUCCACCUCCUCCUUCUCCUCCUCCUCGCCAGGUCCCUGCCCUGCACCGUCUCCGUAUAAAAGCGCCGCCGCCUCCCCGCCCGCCCUCACUCCCUCUCUGCCGCCUGCGGAGCCGCCGCUGAGCGGCCCUUCUCCCCUCAACGCCCCGGAGCCGCGGGGCGGAGCGGGGCGGCGGCGAUGGCCACCGUCGUGGUGGAAGUGGACUCGGAGCCCUCCUGCAGCAUCCCCAACCCCACCUCCCCAUCGCCCAGCCUCUCGCACCGCUUCCUGGACAGCAAGUUUUACCUGCUAGUGGUCAUCGGCGAGCUGGUGACCGAGGAGCACCUGCGGCGGGCUAUCGCCAACAUCGAGCAAGGAAUCCGAUCAUGGGACACAAACUUGAUUGAAUGCAACUUGGAUCAAGAACUGAAACUUUUUGUGUCUCGCCAUUCAGCUCGAUUCUCUCCUGAAGUUCGAGGUCAGAAGAUUCUUCACCACAGAAGUGAUGUCUUAGAAACUGUAGUCCUGAUCAAUCCCUCAGAUGAAGCAGUUAGUACUGAGGUGCGCUUAAUGAUCACAGAUGCUGCAAGACACAAGCUCCUUGUACUAACUGGACAGUGCUUUGAAAACACAGGAGAACUCAUUCUGCAGUCUGGGUCCUUCUCCUUCCAGAACUUCAUUGAGAUCUUCACGGAUCAAGAGAUUGGUGAAUUAUUGAGCACCACACACCCUGCCAACAAGGCCAGCCUAACUCUUUUCUGCCCUGAGGAAGGGGACUGGAAGAAUUCCAACCUUGACAGACACAACCUUCAAGACUUUAUUAACAUUAAACUCAACUCAGCUGCCAUAUUGCCCGAAAUGGAAGGACUCUCUGAAUUCACAGAAUAUCUGUCAGAAUCAGUAGAAGUGCCAUCACCCUUUGACAUUUUGGAACCUCCAACCUCAGGAGGCUUCUUGAAACUCUCCAAACCCUGCUGUUAUAUUUUCCCAGGGGGAAGAGGGGACUCUGCAUUGUUUGCAGUGAAUGGAUUCAACAUGCUUAUCAAUGGAGGAUCCGAAAGAAAAUCUUGCUUUUGGAAACUUAUCCGACACUUGGACAGGGUAGAUUCCAUUCUCCUUACUCACAUCGGAGAUGACAACCUGCCAGGAAUCAAUAGCAUGCUUCAGCGAAAGAUAGCUGAACUGGAAGAGGAACAGUCCCAAGGGUCUACUACCAACAGUGACUGGAUGAAAAAUCUGAUCUCACCUGAUUUAGGAGUUGUAUUCCUUAAUGUACCUGAGAACCUGAGGAACCUGGAUCCUAGCUCUAGAGUAAAAAGGAGUGUAGAAGAAGCUUGUUUUACUCUCCAGUAUUUAAAUAAAUUGUCUAUGAAACCGGAACCUCUUUUCAGAAAUGUGGGAAAUACCAUUGACCCCAUCAUUUUAUUUCAGAAAAUGGGAGUUGGCAAGCUUGAGAUGUAUGUGCUUAAUCCUGUCAAAAAUAGCAAAGAGAUGCAAUAUUUUAUGCAGCAGUGGAGUGGUACUAACAAAGACAAAGCUGAAUUCCUGCUACCAAAUGGCCAAGAACUAGACAUUCCAUUAUCCUACUUCACCUCUGUCUCAUCCCUGAUUGUGUGGCAUCCAGCUAAUCCUGCAGAAAAAAUAAUCCGAGUUCUGUUUCCUGGAAACAGCACCCAAUAUAACAUUCUAGAAGGACUAGAAAAACUCAAACAUUUAGACUUCCUUAAACAACCAAUGGUUACACAAAAAGACCUAACUGGGAACAUUGCUAGUCCAGCUGUGAAACAAGCGAAGUUGAAACAACGAACAGACAGCAAGGAGAGUCUCAAGCCUGCUGCAAAGACACCACCAAGCAAGCCUGUCAGAAAAGAAUCUAAAGAAGAAACACCAGAGCCUGUGAAACCUAGCCCAGCGCCUGAAAAGCCUCAGAAGUUGGAAAGCAAAGAAAAAGUUCCAGUUAAAAAAGAGAAACCAGCAAAAGUGGAGACCAAAGCUGUAGUGGCAGAAAAAGAAAUAACAAGUAAAGAAGAACAAUUAGUAAAAUCUGAAACUCCUGAAAAACAAGCUACAGAUGUAAAACCAAAAAUGUCAAAGGAGAAGCCAGUGAAAAAGGAAGUCAAAGCAAAACCUGAAGAAAAGAAAGAGGAAAAAGAAAAACCAAAGAAAGAAGUUCCUAAAAAAGAGGAGAAAACACCCAUCAAAAAAGAGGAAAAACCCAAAAAAGAAGAGAUCAAGAAAGAAGUUAAAAAAGAGGUGAAAAAGGAAGAGAAGAAGGAAACUAAGAAGGAAGUAAAGAAAGAUACUGCACCAAAGGAAGCUAAAAAAGAAGCUAAAAAAGAAGAGAAGAAGGAAAUUAAGAAGGAAGAAAAAGAAGCCAAAAAAGACAUCAAAAAGGUUCCUAAAGAAACCAAGAAGAUAGCUGCUCCUUCAACUGAAGGCAAAAAGCCAGCAGCAAAGCCUAAACCACAAAAGAAGGAGGAACCUGCGAAAAAAGAAGCAGUACCUGCUGGAAAGCCAAAGGAAAAAGGAAAAGUUAAGACUGUGAAGACAGAGAUCAAAGUCAGUGGAGCACAAGCUGCCCUUGCAGCAGCUGGAGUCGCUGCCACAACUGUAGCAGCUGUAGCAGCUGCAGAAAUUACAGCCAGUGGAAAGGAAAUUGAAGCGGAGAGAUCCCUUAUGUCUUCACCAGAGGACUUAACAAAGGAUUUUGAGGAAUUAAAAGCUGAAGAAGUAGAAACAAUAAAAGAAACAAAACCUCAAGUUACACUUAUAGAGGAUGAACUGAAACUCCCUGGCACAGUACAAAAGGAGGCCUUUGAGGUACAAAAAGAAAAAUUAGAUAAUGAAGGACCUGCUGAGUCCUCUGAUGAAGGCAUUACUACCACAGAGGCUGAGGGUGAGUGUGAACAGACACCUGAAGAAUUGGAACCCGUGGAAAAGCACAGGGUUGAUGAAAAUGAAAAGUUUGAAGAUGAGGGAACUGGCUUGGAAGAAUCAUCUGAAGCAGGAGAUUAUGAAGAAAAGGCAGAGACAGAAGAAGCUGAAGAACGAGGUGAAGAUGAAGAAGAAAAGUCACCACUGGAAACCACAAAACCGUAUAUGGAAGAAGCAAGAAAAAUUGAAGAGAGCUCAGAAGAAAUAAUGGCUGAAGAAGAUGCUAACAUUAAAGUUGAAAGGUAUAUUGAAAAGGCAGAUUAUGAGGCAUCAGAUGAACGAGCUGAGGAAGACAGGGAAGAAGCAAUAGAGAAGGCAGAAACUGAAGAGACUGAAGAAGAGGAGGAAGACAAAGCAGAAGACAUCAGAGAUGAAGAGGAAAAUGAAAAAAUAGAAGCUGAAGAAGAUUAUGUGAUGGCUGUGGUAGACAAAGCUGCAGAAGCUGGUGCAGUUGAAGAUAAAUAUGGCCUACUCAUAAUUACACCAACAAAGUGCUCAGAGCCUCAGUCUCCAGCAGUUGAACCAGCCUCUUCUAUCCAUGAUGAGACAUUACCUGGUGGUUCAGAAAGUGAAGCCACUGUUUCCGAUGAAGAAAAUAGAGAAGAUCAACCUGAGGAAUUCACUGCUACUUCAGGUUACACACAGUCUACUAUUGAAAUAUCCAGUGAACCAACUCCAAUGGAUGAAAUGUCGACACCCCGGGAUGUCAUGAGUGAUGAAACUAAUAAUGAGGAAAGCGAGUCACCCUCUCAGGAGUAUGUGAACAUUACCAAGUAUGAGACAUCACUGUACUCUCAAGAGUUUGGCAGACCUAAACUUUCUCCACUUCCGGAUGCUUUUAAUGGAUUAUCUGAAGGAUCCAAAACAGAGGCCACAGAAGGUAAAGACUAUAAUGCCUCAGCUUCCACCAUCUCACCACCUUCUUCAUUAGAGGAAGACAAAUUCUGCAAAUCUGCAUUCCAAGAUGUAUAUCGGCAAAAAGAAAGUGAGAUCCAAGGCACUGCUAAAUUAGAAAUCAAAGAACCCUAUCAAGAAGAUAUUGGUGGAAAACGUAGUCCACCCAAGAGUCCAGCUGACAGUUUGUCCCCUCCAUCACCUGUUGCCAAAACACCACUGAGUGAACGUAGUGUGAACUUUUCGCUCACUCCCAAUGAGAUCAAGGUCUCGUCUGAGCCCGUCCCCAUUGCUACAUUGCCUGAUGUACAUCAAGAAGUUGCUGAAGAGCACUGUGCAAGCCCUGAAGAUAAAACGUUAGAAGUAGCAUCUCCCUCACAGUCUGCUGCUGGUAGUGCUGGCCACACACCUUAUUAUCAGUCUCCCACUGAUGAAAAGUCCAGUCAGCUUCCCUCUGAAACCAGUGAAAAGUCAACAGAAGCUCCUGUUAGCUUUGAAUUCAGUGAAGUCAAAGAUGAGUCUGCAAAACCCAGAAUAAGCCCUAUGGAUGAACCUGUGCCAGAUUCAGAAUCUCCUAUUGAAAAGGUUCUCUCACCUCUACGGAGUCCACCACUGAUAGGUUCAGAGACCUCUUAUGAUACAUUUUUGAGUGCUGAUUUAAAGUCUCCCUGUCUUUCUGAGGGGAAACCUGAAAAGGAAAAAUCACCUGUUCAGUCGAGCCCAGCUUCUGAAGAUAGUUCUGUGGGCCUUUUCCAAGAAAAACAAGAUGAAAAAAGCAUGGAGUUUAUGGUAAUUAAGGAAGGCUUCAGCCUAGAAAGGAAAAUGGAAGAUACAGAACCCAGCAGCUCCCAGUCUUCACUGGUCUUGGAUGAACGGAAGUUAGCAGGUGAUCUCUCACCCACUCAAAUAGAUACCAGUCAGUUUGGUUCUUUAAAAGAAGAUACCAAAAUGUCCAUUUCUGAAGGGACUGUUUCUGACAAGUCUGCAACUCCUGUUGAUGAGGUUGUAGCAGAAGACACCUAUUCCCAUAUAGAAGGAGUAGCUUCUGUCUCUACAGCAUCUGUUGCUACUAGUUCAUUUCCGGAACCAACUACUGAUGAUGUAUCUCCUUCUUUGCAUGCUGAGGUUGGAUCUCCCCAUUCUACUGAAGUUGACGAUUCCCUUUCAGUGUCAGUUGUACAAACACCAACAACUUUUCAGGAAACAGAAAUGUCUCCAUCUAAGGAAGAGUGCCCAAGGCCCAUGUCAAUUUCUCCACCAGAUUUCUCACCUAAAACCUCAAAAUCAAGAACGCCAGUGCACGAUCAGAGAUCUCCUGAGCAGUCAACUAUGUCAGUAGAGUUUGGUCAGGAGUCCCCUGAGCAGUCUUUAGCAAUGGACUUUAGUAGGCAAUCUCCAGAAUAUCCUACUGUAGGCACUAGUAUACACCAUAUAUCUGAAAAUGGACCAACAGAAGUAGAUUAUAGCCCUUCAGAUAUACAGGAGCCUACUUUUGCACAGAAGAUUUCCCCUGUGGAGCAGACAUCUUACUCUCAGGAGAAAGAUAUUUCAGAAAUUAUUUCAGUUUCUCAAAUUGAAGCUUCAUCCUCAACUUCAUCAGCUCAUACACCUUCCCAGGUAACUUCGCCACUGCCAGAGGAAACUUUUUCAGGUGCUGUUCCACCCAGAGAUAUGUCACUACAUUCUUCUUUUACCUCAGAAAAGGUGCAGAGCCUAGGAGAAAAGCUGUCACCAAAGUCUGACCUAUCUCCAUCAACUCCAAGGGAAUCUUCUCCUCUGUACUCUCCUAGUUUGCCAGAUUCACCUCCUGCAAUCACAGAAGCGGUGUCAGCUAGUCACACACCUUCGUUGUCACUGCAAGUGUCCUCCAUCAAAGCAUUUGGUUACCAGGAGCCGAUAACAAAGCACAGUCCAGAACCUUUACUCAGCCCAGAAAAAGAUGAUUCAGAGAAAAGCAGCAGGUCACCAGAAGAACUUAGUUAUUCUUAUGAGGUCACAGAGAAAACUACUAGGUCACCAGAGGAUAUUAGCUACUCCUAUGAGGCAGUUGGAAAAUCUACUAGAUCACCUGAGGCCACAGAUUAUUCCUAUGAGACAACUGGGAAAGCUACUAGGUCACCUGAGGCCACAGAUUAUUCCUAUGAGAUAAUUGCAAAAAAUAUGAGGUCAUCUGAGGCCACAGAUUAUUCUUAUGAGAUGACAGGGAAAACCACCAGGUCACCGGGGGCCACAGAUUAUUCCUAUGAGACAACAGGGAAAAUCACCAGGUCACCUGAGGCUACAGAUUACUCCUACGAGACAACAGGGAAAACCACUAGGUCCCCUGGGGACACAGAUUAUUCCUAUGAGACAACAGGGAAAACCACCAAAUCACCUGAGGUCACAGAUUAUUCCUAUGAGUUAAUUGGGAAAACCACCAAAUCACCUGAGGCCACAGAUUAUUCCUAUGAGAGAACUGGGAAAGCUACCAGAUCACCCGAUAUUAUGGAUUACUCCUAUGAGACAACAGGGAAAACCACUAAGUCACCAGAAGCCAUUAGCUACUGCUAUGAGACAACUGGGAGAACCAGGUCACCAGAGGCCAUGGCUUACUCCUAUGAGAAAACUGGAAAAGCCUCUAGUUCACCUGAAGCCACAGAUUACUCAUUUGAGAUGACUGGGAGAGCCACCAGGUCACCUGAAGCUACUGGCUACUCCUAUGAAGCCAGUGCACAUUUCACUCCAGGAAAAUCGUUAGCAGAAUCCCGUCAAGAUGUUGACUUAUGCCUUGUGUCCUCUUGUGAAUAUAAACAUCCCAAAACUGAACUUUCACCCUCAUUUAUCAACCCAAACCCCCUUGAGUGGUUUGCAAGUGAAGAACAGUCUCAAGAUCAAGAGAAGCCACUAACUCAAUCCGGGGGAGCCCAGCCCCCUUCUGGGGGAAAGCAGCAAGGGCGGCAGUGUGAUGAAACCCCUCCCACAUCCGUGAGCGAGUCUGCCCCAUCUCAGACUGAUUCAGAUGUUCCCCCAGAGACUGAGGAAUGUCCUUCCAUCACUGCAGAUGCUAACAUUGACUCGGAAGAUGAGUCAGAAACCAUUCCGACGGACAAGACAAUUACGUACAAACACAUUGACCCGCCGCCUGUCCCGAUGCAGGAUCGCAGCCCUUCCCCUAGGCACCCUGAUGUCUCCAUGGUUGAUCCAGAGGCUCUGCCUGUUGAUCAGAAUUUGGGUAAACCUUUGAAGAAAGACCUCAAAGAAAAGACAAAGACAAAAAAGCAGGGUACUAAGACCAAGUCGUCUUCUCCUGUUAAAAAAAGUGAUGGUAAAUCAAAACAAGUGGCUUCACCAAAGCCAGCUAUAAAAGAAUCUUUAGAUAAAAUUUCCAAAACAGCUUCUCCAAAAAAGAAGGAGUCUGUGGAGAAGGCAACCAAAAAUAUCUCUAAUCCAGAAGUAAAGUCUCGAGUGGAUGAGAAAGAUAAGGACACCAAGAAUGCAGCAAAUACAACAACAUCCAAGUCAGCAAAGACUGCAACCACAGGACCUGGGAAUACUAAGGUGGCAAAAUCUACAGCAGUGCCUCCAGGACCUCCAGUGUAUUUGGAUUUGGUGUACAUUCCCAACCACAGCAAUAGCAAGAACGUUGACGUUGAGUUUUUCAAGAGGGUGCGGUCAUCCUACUACGUGGUGAGCGGGAACGAUUCUGCAGCUGAGGAGCCAAGCAGGGCUGUUCUGGACUCCUUGCUGGAGGGCAAGGCACAGUGGGAGAGUAACAUGCAGGUGACCUUAAUCCCAACCCAUGACUCAGAAGUGAUGAGGGAAUGGUACCAAGAGACCCAUGAGAAACAGCAGGACCUCAACAUCAUGGUUUUGGCAAGCAGCAGCACUGUUGUUAUGCAAGAUGAAUCUUUUCCCGCAUGCAAGAUUGAACUGUAAGAACAAGACCAUGCACCACAAGAUUAAACUUUGUUUCCAGAAAUUCUUCAGUUUGAAAACACCUUUUCUAAAAAUUCAACCCAUCUAUUUCAACUGCUGAACUACAUACCUGCCAAAUGCUAUACUGUGUCAUGGUGAUGCAAGUCACUAAUAUUUUUCAGUCUUUGCUGAUUGCUAAGGGAAAUAACAGUAUUCCCAUAGUAGGGUUCAAAUUACUGCAAAAAUACAGAUCCAGUUUCAUCUCCGCUGAACAUUUGGAAACCAUGCACUAGCAGCCCCAACUGACUUCUGCCAGGUAGAGGCAUUUGCCCUCUAAAGAAACACAAAGAGAGAGAAAGAGAGAGAGGGGUAGGAGGAGAAAGUAAAAAAUAAUUAGAACUGCAUUAGUCUCAUGGCAAUAGAUGUAUCGCUUACUGCAGUCUGCUUACGCUCUUAUAUCAAAUGAAAGUUUUAAAUUUGUAUCAAUCUAUCUGAGCUAUCGCAAGGGGGAUCCUUUUUUACAGAAUUAAGUUAGCUGGAAAAUAAAAAGAAACAGAACGUGGCUAGGAAGGGACGCACAACCUAAACGCUCAUCAGCAGUUUUCCACUUUAAUUUGAACUCUGCAUACUGACAUACCAUAACAAUCAUAGGCCAAAUAUGCACGUAGUCUGCACCCCAUCCAGAAGUCUAAAACCUUUCUUUCAACACACAGAAUUGUUGGUCUAAGGCAUGCUCCCAGUGAAAGUCUACUCAUUCCAGCCAGAACUGACCAGUCCACAUGCUUGAACACCCAUGUCCACUGUUGAUUAACUGAAGCAAAAUACCAAAGCGGUCGGGAGUACAUACAGUAGACGAUUUGCCUUAGAAAGUGACUUGAAUGUACAAAGAAACUUGAUGCACUUAUUUUUUAAUGUUGAGACAGCAAAUUUAUAAAACAUCUGUGUAGGAUCAUAGUUACACCAGUAAAGAAGUGUGAGUGUGCAUGUGUGGUACUAGAAACCCAUCUGACUGGUCAAAUGGCUUGGUGCUAUGAAUUACGUGUGUUAGUUAUGUGAACGCUUCAUUGAUGCACCUGGACAGCUCAACAAGGCCACAUGAGCAUUUUUUUGAAAGCUUCUUUUGUACUGUGGAAGCAAGAUUGAAGUGGUGUCCAGUAUCAGAGUUACAAAACUUAAUGAAACAUUCAGAAUGAUGAAAAAGGUUACCUGUGAGCCUGUACAGUAUUCAACCUUCCUUUGUCUUUUACCUUAUUUUAUUUGUUUAAUUUAAGAGUGAAUAUGGGAACAAAUGUACAGAAACCUUUUUUUUAGUGCUGCGUGAACUUUUAAUAGAUGAAUUUUUAACAAACAGUUUCAUUUACAGGAAAAUGCAAAGAAAAAUUUUUCAGGUGAAGGCAAUUUUUUUAGUAGUUUUGUAAGAUAAAUUAAUAAUGUUUAAGGUUCUAGUGAGAAUGGAUAUUGAGGUAAAAUUUAUUGAAAAUAGUCAACUGCCAAUACCUUUUAGGGGUGGGGGGUGGAAGGGCACCCUGGUGGUAAAAUCAAUCUAUUGAUGAUGACAGAAAAUGGGAUUUGAAAAGUUGAUUGCCUAAUACUUACAAGGGUAUAACCUACAUUCUCAACCCUCACAAGAUCUUGAAAAAAAGAUAGAAUAAGCAAUAAGCUAAAAUAAGUCACUCUUUCCUCUCCUCUCCUUUCCUCUCCUCUCCUCUUUCCUCUCUCUUUCCUCCUCUAUUUGUCUCCUUUCCUUUCCUUUCCUUUCCUUUCCUUUCCUUUCCUUUCCUUUCCUUUCCUUUCCUUUCCUUUCCUUUCCUUUCCUUUCCUUUCCUUUCCUUCUCUCAUUUCCUCUUCUUUUCCUCUUCCUUUCUUCUUCCUUUCCUUCCCUUUCCUCCUUCCUGUACCCCUUUCUUUCCUUCUCUAGACUGCUUGCAGAGGAACAGCAUCACUGUUCUGUGAUUUAAGACAGUUUGGAUUUUUUAGGCUCAGAAAUUUUACCCCAAUUAAAAAAAAUAAUCUUGUUACAUUGUAGAAGGUUUGCAAAUCUGAAUUUAAAGAAGGUGUAAAGGCCUCCAGAAUGGAGAUACGUGCUGGUCUGUAUGAUUCACGAUUAUGGCUGGUAUUAAGUUUCACAAUGUAGUGAACUAUGACCUCAUUUUAUUUUCUUUACUUAUAAUUUAUUUCAAUUUUACAUUGUUAGCAUAUUUUUGUUUAAUAGGUAUAUGUUUGCACUCCUAAUUUUUAUGAGGGUUUUUUAAUACUGCUUUAGGGCCCUUUAAAUAUGGGCUCCUGGGGCCCAUUUAAUGCUGUGAAUUACUGUUUGUCAGUUGUUGGGGGUUUUGAUUUAUUUUUAAUGUCUUCUCUUUUUUUAGGUAUCUCUAGCAAUGCUGUUUUAUUUAUUGCUAUACCUUUUAAGUCGUUAAGAAUAACUCAGAAUGACUAUGGCACAAAAGGCAGAUGGAAAUGUAUUGUGAAAACAAGCAUGUUUGCUGGGCUCAUAAAAAUUCACUUAAAAUUGCUUUUGUAAUACAUUGUCUACAAAGUUGUAGGUGAAAUGUUUGGCAGAAUAGUAGUACUAUUUCUACAAUUCUUUCUGCUUUGUCUACUUUCUUAUAUAGGUCAGAUUUCAAACUUUUUGAGUGGGUGGGAACAGAUUUUCUGAUUUUCUGACAAUAUCUGAAAUGGUUUGUAUUUCUGCUUUGGCAGAAAAUCUGUUUUAAGUACAGCAGUGGUCCUGAGACUAAUCUCACUUACGCCACUUACUCUUGUGAAUCAGGAGCAAUUUCACUACAGUCAGGGACGUUACAGUCAUUUGGUCCUACUGUAAAUGAAAUUGGAAUCAAGCCUUAAGUCUCCCCAAGCAAGUUUGUGAUGGCUCAAGCAUUUGUUUACUUUUAAAAUAGUAACAAUAAUUAGACAGUUACACCUGAUCUUAAAAUGUGCUUUUGCUUUUUUGCUGCUACAGGAAUAUUAAAACCCCGGUCUGGCUAUUCUGAGGUAUUGUAAUGCCUGUUCCAUCCGUUCCCUUUCAAAUGGCAAUGGCACCUGGGUGCAACACAGCGAUGAACUCCUCCAUUAGCUCCUCUUGCCCUUAAUGUCUUUCCUGCCUGUGGAACUAAUCUAACUGUGCUAGUCCUAGUACUACACAAUUAGUUUAGUGUAACAGUCAUCAAAAAUGUACCGUGUACAUUAAUGAUGAGUGCUGUUGAUCAGCAUAGAUUUCUAGGAGCAUGGUUUGUUAUUGAUUACUCUAAUUAUAAAAAUUCAAUAUCUGAGUGUAAAGAACACUCCAUUUAAACAAUGGUAUUACCCAUAACAGCAUCCCCAGUCAUGAUCUUUAUGCUAUUACUAUACUGCUUCAUAUAAUGCAAUGAAGAAUUAACUUUGGAGAUCCCACCCCACUCCUGAACUUAGACAGGGCCUCUCUUGCAUGCCUUUUCAAAGUCCUGUGGUGGGCCUGACUUCAUUGACCUCUAUUUUCACCCCAUCUUUCACAGAAAUCACUUUUGAUUUUUUUUUUUUAAAUUUACUUUACAUAGUGUGGUGAAUGGAGAUAGCUGUGUAUAUGAGUGUGUUGGGGUUUUUUUUAAGUUGUCUAUGAUAGCUUACGCAUUUUAGGAGAGUUCUGCUACUCAUUUACUAAGAUUUAAUCAAUUUGUUAAUUGAAUUUUCAAUCCCUCCCACCACAAGCAAGUCAGCUCCAAAGAGCGCUUACUGUGCAUUUGGGACAUUUCUGUCAUACGCUUCUCUUUGUUCAUCUGUCGCCAGAGGUUCUUGCUCAGUAAUGAUGUUUUGAGAGAAAUAGUAAUUUUGUUGGUCUGGAUUUAUUAGAAAAGGAGAAAGUAUAAUGUUUACACUUGAAAGAAACUGUAAGCUUUCAUCUUUUCACUUAAUAAUUGAACAAAACACUAAAAGCAACUAGGGGUAAGCAUUUCUUAGAAUGCAAUUAUAUUAUUCACCUGGUUUAAAAAUGUUUGCUAUUUACAGUAAAAAAGAAAAAAGUCUGUUUGUUGUGACUUUACAAAAAAAUUAAAAAAAUAAGUAACUAAAUAAAACAAUGUCAUAAAAAUAUAGAAAGAAAAAAGAAAAGAAGAAUUAAAAAAGCAGCUUCUCUGCACUAGACUAGCUAGGAGCUCCAGAUGGCAGGAGCUACCUCUUCAAGACUGGGCUGUAAUCACAACUGUAAAAGAGGAAAUCUGAAAUAUGCUUUCACGCAUUUGCAUGCAGCCAUUAUCUUCCAAACUAUGGAAAGAAACAGUCUUGUUGCUGGCUGAGAAGCACCUCACACACCUCCUCUCUCUUGUUCUGAAUGGUGUUUGUGUCAGUCUGCAGCUGUGUAUGGUAUUAUGUCUUAUAAUCCUGCAUCACUUCUAUUCUAUCCAGUCAUAUCUAAUGUAGAAAAUUAGUUUCCAGUGAAAGUAAUAUGUAGUGCUUUUAUGAUAUUUGUGUGCAAUAUCCCCUCUUCCAUUGAGGAUAUUUGAUGUAAAGGAAACAAACUCAGUUCCACAAUAAAAUACAAAAGUGGUAAAUUGGUGUUGACAUGUUUCUUGUCUUUGUGUAUGUAUGUAUUUUUAAGUUUUCCCUUUCCUUCAAUCAUGUUUACCUACUACAUGGGUUUUUUUUUUCUCAAAAGAUCAAUGACUAUUUAAAUACUAGAUGAGAAACAAUCUCUAUUUAGAAACUGGAAAAUAUAUGCAGAAGAUUACUUUUAUCUCUUGUGGCGUAAAACAUUACCAUGAUGUACCAUGACAUGGCUUCUUUUCGUUGUUCUCAUUUCUGUAUCCCUCAGCAGCAUGAGAAAACACUUCAUUUUCAGUAAGUACACGUUCAAGGGGCUGUGUCGGAGAUGAUACCAAAUAAAGUUACAUC